AUGCCUCGCUCCCUCGCCCGGCUCCGGUAUAAGCCGCCACUAAAGGCCGUCAGGUUUCCCAAUAUUGUAAAUCGCAUUACCCCGGAAUUCGAACAAAUAUUAGAACGCAAGGUUACGGCCUAUGUCGAGCGCCAAUCGAACCCCAAACUCCUCAAAUUGCAGACGGUUGUAAACGAAAAAGCAAGGCGACAGCCCACGGGAAAGCAUGUGCAGUCACCCUUCAAGCCCUACACGCUGCGGGAUGUGGUAGACCCCAAGGGCACAACCAAGCACGGCGAAAUCAUCUAUAUUUUCCGCAACACCAAGACGAAUCAGAUCAUCUACUCGCUGCAGGAAUUGCUUGAUAACCAUCAUUUGGACCAACUUCCCUUUAUCGGCAAACACUCAAAACCGCCCGUCCUUCGCCCCGACGAAUGGGUCCCGCACUGUGUCGUCACCUUUCCCACCCCCGCCCAAGGCCAAAAUGCGUUCCGAAAACUGCGCGAGUUCCGAAAACUACAUGAGCUGUCCUGGGACAAGACCAACCCUGAAUACAGACGGCUGGAUCGCGAGCUGAGGAUGAAGAAGAUUAUGAACCAGCGUGCCAAUACGAGCGCCGACCUGGCCGAGGUUCUGCGCAUCCAGCGUUCCCAUGGAAUCAUAAAGACAAAGGAGCAGGAGGAGCAACAGAAAAAGGCGACUGCCUUUCUAGACAAGCGAUGGGAGCAGAUUGACGCCCUCGCCAACGCCGGUUUGGCCAAGGAAAAGCCUGGAGACAAUGUCAAGUGGCUCGAGGGUCAAAUACAGUCCAUGGCUCGAAAACUGAGAAUGAAGCACAACCAGAAAGAGGGUGAUCAAAAGAGACUCAAGGCCGCCAAAGAGGGCCUAGAAACUCGUCUGGGGAAACUAAAGUACGCAUUACGAAAGGCGGAGCAGUUCAAGCAACUACAGGAAAACCUGAAAAAGAGGGCGGAACCUGCGAACGACCCUGGCGCUGAGGACCAGCUAGAGGGGUUGAAGACCAAGGCCCACGUCCUACAGGACUUACUUGACAACCCUGACCCUCUCCGUUCCAAGGAAGCCCUCGAUACCGACCGUGAACUCCUCGUCCAAUGCCAAAGCGACAUCUCCACCCUUGAACUCGCAUUCAAAGCAAAAACCCAAUAUGAAGCUCGCGACCACUACAUCGCCCGCUCCGUCCUCCCCAAAGCUCUCCGCAAAGACCCCGCAAAGCCCUACACCCUGGAAGGCGUCUCCGUCCGCUGGGCCGACAUCCAAGACGCCGUCUACGCCUCAGGUCGAUGGCCCGCGGAAAUCGAGCACGAACCUCUGGAGCUCAACAAGGCGCGCGGUGAGACUUUGCUCUUCCGCGCUGAAGAUUACGAGAUUGAGAAGACCAAUGAGGUUAAUAGACUCAUGGAUUCUUUGCGCUUUAGGGCUGAGAGCGAGGAGGUGGAGGAGGAGGAACGGGCAAUGCAUGUGGGAGGGAGUGAGCUCCAGAGCGGUGUUGGUAGUAUAGCACAGUUGUUGCCGAAGAGGAAUCCGUUUCAGCGCGCGGCUGCGUGAGCUGCAUUUGUACAGUAUGUAAUUGUAUUGUAUAAAUUUUUUU